AUGAACAAGAAUUAUGAAGAGGAUAUUACGCAAGUCAAUAUUCCUUCAUAUUCUUCAAGGUCUCUAUCUCAUCUUUUUUUCUUUGUUUCUUUGUUUGUUUGUUUCUUUCUUUCUUUCAACUAUACUUGUUCCGACAAUACCUUGCUAUUUUGUUUCUCUCUUUCCCUCCUCUUUCAUUCUUUCUUUCCUUUUCCCAAAUCGUUUGUUUGUUUGUUUCUUUCUUUCUUUCUAUUAAACUCAUUUGGUUUCUAUCUAUCUAUCUAUCUAUCUAUCUAUCUAUCUAUCUAUCUAUCUAUCUAUCUAUCUCGGGACACAUUAUCUAUCUAUCUAUCUAUCUAUCUAUCUAUCUAUCUAUCUAUCUAUCUCAUUUUCCUUUUCUUUCAUUUUAAUAAUCUAAUUCUAUUUCUAUCUACCAUUAUCUAUAACUCAUUUUAUUUCUUUCGUUAUCUAUCUAUCUAUCUAUCUAUCUAUCUAUCUAUCUAUCUAUCUAUCUCAUUUUCCUUUUCUUUGGUUCAAAUAAUUUAA